GCGCUAUUUUCCCUGGCGAUUGUGCGGCUUAUGAAGGGGUCAUUCGCUCGUUGGCAGUCGAAGCUUCGAGAUUGAAAAUGUCUACGAUGGAGGAGGACAUCAGGAACAAAAGAGAGCGCAUUGAGGAAUUGGUGGGACUCUAUCGGAAGAAUGAUGGAGAGCCGACCCCCACCGAAGGAAAAAUUAAAGUUGAUCCAACGCAAAUCAAAGUGACGACAAGAUGGACUUUAACCGAUGUGGACAUGGAAAAGCGGGUUACCUACGAAACCAUAUCGAUAGCUUUCGGUGGAGGCCCGAAACCGUCCUUCAAUAUGAUUCAACCGGCCAAAGAAGUCAACGAAAGCAUAAUCUUCUCAGUAGACGCCGAGUCAGACAGCCUAUUGCGAGCGGUGGCGAAAGAGGUUAUGGUUGGCGAGAAGAAAUCCGAAUUCAUCGAAAUCUGGCGAGCGGAGACUCGAUUGGGCGUUUACGACUGUAAUUUCGCCGCACUCCAUGGAAAAAUUCUAGCGAAAGGUGAUAUGCCCUCGGUCAGAUGGUCUCCGGAUGGCAAGACGCUCUUGUUUGUUGCCGAGAAGAGGGAACCGAAGCCCGAGUCUUACUUCACGAGGAAACCACCUCCAGAGAGCGCUAUCGGUGAUUGAAGUGAUUGAAGUCUUGGUAUUUGUUUCUGUCGAGAGGUCGUUCCCGUGUGCGAAUUGUUUCCCGAGCUUCCGAAUAUUCUCAGGCGACUUGUUCUCCUGGAGGGGAGAUUGGGGUGAACAACUCGAAGGCAGCGCGUGUCCUGUUAUCGUCCUCCUGAAUAUCGAAGACAUGCGGGCUCAAGUAAUUGAAAAGUCCGAUUAUAGUCUCGGGCAGGCAAUCUUCACUGUGGAUAGCGAAGGCAUCGUCGGUGUCGAACGGCUGAACACACCUUACAGGCUUGGCUCGAUAUUCUGCAACAAUCGUCUCCAAAGUCUCUUCUAUUACCACAUCAAGUCCAAGACCUUCGAGAGUAUCUCCGCGCCGGAUAAAUGCGCUUUCUGCCCCAGAUUCGAUCAAUCAGGGAAAACACUCGUCUUCCUCCAAAAUGAAGUCGGCGGACCUCAUCAAAUGGCUGCCGAACUUCUCAAAAUCAAUUGGGCUUCAGACAAGAGAGACCCCAUCGUUGUCGUGGAAAUUCCUGCGAAUCCAAAAGAGAACGAGUUCCCCGGCCUGUACAUGCCGAAGUUGAUGGACAGAUGUAUUCUUGACGACGGUAAAACACUUCUCUUCAACUCGAUAUGGCACUCCAGGUUGGUCAUUCUCAGAAUCGAUCUCGAACUCGGCACUGUCGUCAACGAAACCGCAGACGAGGAAUACGGCGCUUGGAGUCUUUUCGACAUUCACAAUGGAUACGUUCUGGCGUCGCGCUCGUCGCCUUCGAUCAAGCCUCAUGUAAUUGUGGGAAAAGUGGGAGGCGACUCGAUCGAUUGGCUCACGGUCACUGACCCAAUCGACGUACCUAAUACCAAAUGGGAACUCAUGAAAUUGCGACCCGCAGACGCACCGGACCACUUUUUUGAAGCUAUCCACAUCUACGGAAAUGUUGACAAAAACUUGCCGCUGAUCGUCUCCCCCCAUGGCGGACCGCAUGCUGUGAGCACGCUCGGCUACAUGAAGACGGUGCAAUUCUUCGUCGACUGUGGAUACGGAGUACUGUUUGUGAAUUACAGAGGAUCUGUCGGUUUCGGAGAAGUCAAUCUCCGAAGCUUACCGGGGCGCAUUGGUGACGUCGAUGUGAAGGAUGUCUUCCAAGCCGCGGCAGCUGUCAACGAACGCUACAAGUCGACUGCCGUGCUGUUCGGAGGAAGCCAUGGUGGAUUCUUGUCGGCGCAUCUCGUAGGUCAAUACCCGUCUGCGUUCAAAGCGGCUGCUCUCCGGAAUCCCGUCUGUUCGUUGUCAAUGAUGGGCCCGACCGAUAUUCCCGACUGGUGCUGGUACGAAGCGGGCUGCGAAGGGAAAUUCAAGCAUGACAGUUUGCCUUCGCGUAACGAUCUGGCCCAGGCAUUGUCCGUCAGUCCCAUGUCGCACGCACAUAAGAUCACGGCGCCGUGUUUCUUCUUCCUGGGUUUGAAAGAUCAACGUGUGGAUAAGGGUCAGGGCAUCCAACUCUUUAAACACCUUCGAGCUAGAGGAGUCGAUACAAAGUGCAAGAUGUACGACGACAACCACUCUCUGUCAAAAGUGAAGCACGAAAGCGAUGCGUAUAUCUCGAGUGUUGAGUGGUUCGAGAGAUACAUCUCGAGGCCAUAGUUUUGCUUCUCGUACAUGACAAAAUAUCUUCUAUGAUUAUAAUGUCUCUUAAAAUGAACUGGGAGGGCUCUGUAUCUGCCAUUCCGACCU